AAAUACACGUAAUGAAAUGGAUACUGAAUCUGAUGACAAUACUUCAAUUGCUUCUAUACCAUCUUUACCACGUAGUAUCUCUGCGAAUUCGACUAAUCAAAGCAUAAUUUCAACUAAUUAA